CUUGGAUACCAGGAAAAUUCUUCAGGGUACACCGACCUUCGUUCAAUCUCAAAUAGAUAUGGCAAAAAAGAAUGCUCAGGAGGCCUACCAAAGGGUCCGGGAGGCUAAGGCGAAGUCCCGGGCUAGGUCCGGGGUAGUCAUCUCUCCUCCCCCUCCACCUCCUCCUCCUAAGAACACUGGCACUCCUACUCAACCUAUUGUUCUCUCUUCCUCGAGCUUGCCCCGACCACCCCCCUCUGCCCAAAUUCUCUCCGAACCCGAGAAGAAGAAGCGCAAGACUUCAGAGUCUGGCUCUUCUUCCUUCGAUGGUGGGGUUAAGGCGGAUGCUAUGGCAUUCGUCCGAAAGAACAUCUAUCCUUUUAUACAUAUGGAUGAUGUUUCUGUUCGGAACCACCUUACCACCAUGGCCGAGGAGAGUUUUAGGACGGCGGGUGUUUGCGGCAAGCUUUUGGACAUUUUUGAGAAAGCUCCCCUUAGCUCCUUGGGUGCAACCUCGAGGGUUGAGGAGUUGGAGGGGAGACUUCGUAUUUUUGAAAAACAUGAAAAGGAGCUGAAAGAGGAGAGGGAUAGGUUGAGGAAGGAGAGGGAUCACCUGAAGGAGGAGGAGGAGGGUCGCAGCGGGAUCUCACAUGAUGGGAGGCAUGAAAGUGAUGAAGAGAGGGAUGCUCUUAUACAAUUAGAGGAGGAGGACUUUGAGCUAUUUGAGGGAGGCCGGAAGGUUUUCGAGUCAUGGAGGCUGGCACAAUCAAAUCGAUUCCAAUUUUCGUUUGACAGGGAAUGGGAUAUUAUGAAAAUUGAGAAGGGUUCUCUUUUGCUCUUCAUGGACUAUGCGUUGCAUGUUCGCCGUUGGAGGACGGGGGUGUGUAUGGAGGAGUAG